AUGAGCUCUCAUGUCGUAGUUCUCGACUCAACAGCCCGAAGAGCUACAAUCAAAACGACGCCCGGGAAGUAUCUGACCGACAUAUUACAAGAGGCCUGCAAAAAGCUAGGCGUGAACGCUAGUCAAUAUGGACUGAAACACAAAAGCAAACAGCUCGAUCUAUCUCUCGCCUUCCGUCUUUCCGGACUCUCCCCCGGUGCAAAACUGGAGCUUGUACAGCUUUCUCGGUCCCCCUCCGUCGUCACAGUAGCCCUCCAACUUCCGGCGUCAGAAGCACGAGAUGCCCCAAAUGGACGUCUCAUGGACAAAUUCCCCAGUACAACCAGUAUUUGGAUGCUGCUUCGCAAGUUCGAAGCCGGCGUUGCUGGCACAACUAGUCUCCGGAAUCUAACAGGUCGUGGGGUUCCUGUUACCGAAGGGCAAGGGUCCGGACGUUUGUUCUAUGAGACUCCCGUCGUACAGAUAUUAGAUCGCGAGCUAUCCACUUUGCCGGAUUUCCAAAAGUCACUGGCUCAAUUAGGAUUCAACAGCGGGAAUGUGCUGGUGCGGUUGAGCUUCCGCCGGACAGAUCAACCACUGGAGGAUGCCAUGACGCAGAUUCACGAAUACUUUAAAUCGUCCGGAGAUGAGGUUGCACCGGCUGAACAAGCAUCUACAUCACAGGCAGAACCAGAGAAAGACAAAGAGAACAUCCCACAAUCCCUUGAACCACCACCGCCCAGUUCUAGUGCAGUUCAAUAUAACCCUAGCCAAGAUCAACAACCUACAAAAACACCUUCAGAAACCACCUCAGAUACUCCGUCCCAACAGCCUGAGCCAUCAAAAAGUGAAUCGCGGCCCAUUACUGUCUACGCGCCACCUUCAAGCGACACUCCCCAGUCGGCUCAAACUGCUUACAACGAAUCCGACUACGUACCUUCGGUCGAGCAUGCCCAGAUACACCAACGACGACUCCAAGCGUCCAGCAAAAACACACGCCUCCGAUCAGAUACCGAAAUCGCGGCUGCAGCUACGGCAGAGGAAGAGCGUCGCGCAUCCGUCAAGGAAGUGGAAGUAAAGGUCCGACUUCCAGAUCAAAGCCAGGUCGUUUCCAGAUUUGGGCAACAGGAUACAGGAAAAACCCUUUAUGGCUUCGUCCGCAGUUGUUUGGCACCACCAUAUUCCCAAGAGAAAUUCAUCCUCACAAAUUUCUCUGGGCCUGCCGCAUCAAAAUCUCACCAAACGAGCGUCCCCUUCCAAUCCACGCUCCCCGAUUCAGAGCAAGGCCUUCUGAUAAAAAAUCACGGCAUGACUGGCCGCGUGCUUGUGAACUUCUCGUGGGACCCGACGGCAUCUACAGCCGCUCAACAGAGCCGCUCUGGAAUCUUAAAACCGGAGCUCCAAACCAAAGCUCAAGAGCAUAAAGUAGAGCAGCCCGCAGAUGUUAUGGACACCUCAGCAGACGUCUCGACUUCAAUAAAGCCAAGUGAUUCCACCAAGACCAACGGCGAUAAGUCUGGCGCUCGCAAAAUCCCGAAAUGGUUGAAGUUGCCAGGAAAGAAAUAG